AUGAGCGCAACCGACGGACUGCUCGCGCGGCGCGGCUGGACGAGGUGUCACGUGAGGCCCAGACUCGCAAGGGAUUUGAUGGAGGACAAGGGGGAUGCGAUGGAUGCGGCGAGCGUGCUCGUGCAGGUCGGCUUCAGGCCUCAGAACAGCGCUCCUGUGGCGUGCGCAGUGGAGAAACGGGAGAGCCUCCUGGGUUCCGCGCUGGGGAUGGUGAAGGCAGGUGCGGUCCAGGCGUUGCCACCGACUUCCAGGGCAUCUUUUGUUCCGAGAUGUUGCACUAUCUCUCGUGAAACAGCCCAAGUUCAGUCCCCAACUGGAGAAUUGUGUCGGCCUUGUGUGAUACCUUGGUUGCACGUGGGAAAACAGGCAAGUUCGCUGCUCUUUCACCCUCCCCCUGGAAGGCGAUGGGCUGGCAAGUCCCUGGUCCAAAGCCUGCAUCGCCAUCAACCUGGCGGUGCGCUUUGUGCCAUUUCAUUGCCCCCUGUCACACUCGGUGACUUGUGUGUCACAGCCCAGUGA